GUUUGUGGAGCGCGUGCGGGAGCUGAUACUGCUGCUGCCACGACCCGUCAUCGUCGUGCUCAGGUUCCUCUUCGCCUUCCUCAACCACUUGUCUGAGUUCAGUGAUGAGAAUAUGAUGGAUCCAUACAACCUGGCAAUCUGCUUCGGACCAACUCUACUACCGAUACCGGAAGACAAAGACCAGGUUCAGUACCAGAACGCCGUUAACGAGCUCAUUAAAAACAUCAUCAUGUACCAGGAGGACGUGUUCCCGGCCGACGGAGGUCCCGUGUACGAGAAGUACAUCCUCUCUCCCGAGGAGGACAUUCAGCCGGACAUGCCGGACGCCGGACAGGACGAUUUCUCUGAGGACGGCUCGGAGUACGGCUACAAGGACAGCGACGAAGAGUCUGAAGUAUUUGACGCUGUCGCUCAGUACGACUUUGAAGGUCGUUCGAGUCACGAGCUAACCUUCCGCAAAGGUGCCAACAUCACUCUUCACUCACAGGUGUCACCCGAUUGGUGGAAAGGCAGUUUGGAGGGUAAAGCUGGGCUAGUGCCGGACAAGUACAUAGCUGUCAUGAAGACCAGGUGAGUGAUGGGUGCAGGGUUAAUUAACAAGGUGUGGUGUACAUCGUUACAGGUGAGUGAUGGGUGCAGGGUUAAUUAACAAGG